GGGCGAUCGGGAGCCGGGGCCAGCUGGGGCACACUGGCAUAAGAAGAGGGUAAUAAGCAUGCGGCGAUAGGCGAGUCUGAUUCGGGACGUGGACGGUGGUGGUAUAUGAAGCGAUUGGCUGUUUACCUGGAUCAGAAGCGUGUCCGGGCGCGGUCUAUGAGCACGAGCUGGUCAUUCAAAGCGUGCUGGGCGCCAUGGGGGCAAGCCCCACCCGAAGCGAAGUAAGACGGAGAGGAGAGAGAGCCGCGAGGGAUGCGGGUGGGAGCACGGAGAAAAGAAUGUGAGGGGUCGGAACACCAUGCACAACACGAGGCAGAUCGGUGUCCAACUCGUGGCGGGGCGCGUCAUCACGUGCGACAGCGCCUGGCGAUACGAUGCAGACUAUACAUUGCGGUCCGUUGGCGUUGCCGGCGACGCUGGCUGGACGAGACGCGGUCGAGGGAAACGAGCGUAUUCCUUGCGCGGGCUGGUCCCAGUUCCGUAACGGGCUCACAUCCGCUCUCUUGGCCUGCUCUUGCCCAACUCGUCUUUACCCGUGAAUCGCGGACGUUCUAUCGGUUUGCCUAUGACAUGGCCACCAAGAAAAUAGCAGCAGGCAGGCAGCUAAACUUGAAUAUCGCCGCGAGAUAGCGUUCAGACAGCAGGAGGCAAGAGCCAACGGUCGUCCGCUGUGCCCCCCUCCUGAAGCUGUAUCACGAUCACGUGGGAAACACCGCCUCUUCGCAGCGCGUCCAUUGUUCGCCACCGUCUCCUUCCGUCUUUCACUGAAGGCGCCUAGAUCACAUCUAUUCCCAGUCGGCAACCAACGCUCAGAUAACGGUUCUUUCUUGCACGA